AUGCAUGAAGUGUCUCUGCUGGCGGCAAUCUUCUUAACUUCUCUGAAAUGCUGCUCAGCUAUCCAAGCCUCUCUGACUGUGGAUCCCAGCAGCGCCCAGAUAUUUGAAGGUGAGCCGCUGCGUCUGAGCUGUGAUGACGACAUCAGCAGCUCCACUGGAUGGAUCCUGAAGAGAAACACCAGCAACGAGCACAUGACUGAGUGUGGAGUGAAAUGGGGAAGAAGGACGGGCGCCGCCUGCAGGAUCAGCCUGACCGUCUCUUGGGACAGCGGCCUUUACUGGUGCCAGUCCACAGAGGGAGUCAUCAGCAGCAGAGUCAACCUAACGGUCACUGGUGGAUCAGUGAUCCUGCAGAGUCCUGCCCUCCCUGUGAUGGAGGGAGAUGACGUCACUCUGAGCUGCAGAGCAAGGUCCAACCCACAACUCCCAGCUGCUUUCUAUAAAGAUGGCUCCUUCAUUGGUGAUGGAUCAGCAGGCAGCAUGACCCUCCUCCAUGUUUCCAGCUCUGAUGAAGGCCUCUAUAAAUGUAGCAUCAGCGGUUCUGGAGAGUCUCCAUCCAGCAGGGUCUCUGUCAAAGCUUCAGCUUCAGCUCCACCUGCUGCAGAGGAAGGUCUGCAUCUUGUGUACCAUGUUCCUCUCCAUCUGUUGGUGCUCUGUCCAUACUUAAUCUGCUCUGCCCUCCUGGUGUCUGUGUGUCGAAGCAGAACUGCUGGAGCCCCAGGAUUGGACGAUGAAUACGAUGAUGUCGCCACACCUGUCACCACAGAACACCACUUCUGAUCCCAGCUGGGUGGAUCACUGGGUGGAUCCCUCUCUCUCAUUCUUCUGCUCAGAAAAGGCCACACCCGAUGCUUAUAUCACCCCCUACUGCAUGUUCUCUGUACACGCCUUGUAAAAUGCUGUUUAUUUCAUGUUUGUUUCUUUUUAUUUCAUAAAAGCAGGAAAAUAAAGCAAACAAAGCCUCCCCUUUA